CGUGCUGCGCCAGGAACUGUAAAUCAUUACGCUCGGAAACGUGCUGCUGCUCGCACAGAGAAACCGAAACCGGAGCCGCAAGCCGCGCAUAAAUCGGCAUACUCAGCUUGACAAGUUCAAGUUGGCCGCAGGAACACAGAAAGUCGUAAACUAAAAAAAAGUAAAAAGUAUCGAACACAAAGGUCUUAACGCCGCGCGCGCACGCCACAACAACAGCAACAGCAACAAAGAAGCGGCCGCGCGCUGUUAUUGUUGCUCUUUCCUGCCAAUUUUCGUGUGUGCCUGUGCCCUGCCCUUUAUCGUCUGUUGUUUUUAUCGACGCCUUCGUUCUCGCGUUCUCUCUCCCCUUCCAGCCAGUGCGUGUGUGUGUGUGUGUGUGUGUGCGUGUCUUUCGCCGCCCCCCUCAUAUCGCCCUCUCGCUCUCGCCGCACUCGAUUUGUUUGUUGUCACCGCGCGCAAAAAAUUACAAACAAGAAACAUAAAGUUUAAUUAUAAAACGAAAAAAAACAGGAAGCUGACCCCGCAGAUGAGAGUCGCAGAAAACCCUUUAUGCUAAUCAAUGAGCUGUGUCUGAGGCACAGUGGAAAAUUUCCGAAUUUCGCAAAGCGGCGACGUCAUCAGUGGUCGCUCUUGUUGUUGUUGGCGCCCGUGGCCGAGUAAAAGGGCGUUGAAUUCGCUGCCCCGAAUGUUGAGAUUCUUGGAGCAUCCACAGUGGCCGCAGCAAAUCACCAAGCUCACCAGCACUCCGAUGCCAUUGCACUGCCUGAUCAUCAAAUAGGCAGUUCUCAUAACCCAUAACAUCCUCGGAUUGGACCCGAAAUAAACCAAAAAUCUAGAAAGGAAGCCUGAGGAGACACUCAAGAUGAGCUUCAGUUCGGCCAGCGGCAGGGAGAAUAAUGUCCGCAAAUUGUCCUUCCUGGGCUUCAACACCAAAAAGAAGUCCGGCAAUGAGGAUCCCGACGAGGUGCUGCUGGACUCGGAAAUGGACAAGGUCUUUGCCGGCACCAGUACGCGCAAAGACAAGUUCGAUGUGAACACCUUCCAGGACAACUCCCAGCUGCCCAUUGGAUCGCGCAAGAAGAACAGCAUCCGCACAAACGAUCUGAACAUCGAGGAGGACUCGGAGUACGAGAGCCAAACGGAGCCCUUGAACAAUGCACAAAACUACGAUGACAUCCCCGAGGACUUCCCCUUAGUGUCGGAGCGAGCCGGACACGGUGACCACUCGGACAACUCGGUGGACGAGAAGCACGUCCAGUUCGGCGGCAAGAAGAAGACCGUCGUCACCCCGCCCAAUUUGAUCUAUGAUGAACAGCCCACGGAUCAAUCGCACGAACGCAAACGCAGAAGAAGCCGCCACCAGUAUUAUAGACAACGUAAAUUCUCACAUCAGGACAGCGUGGAACCCAAAAACAAGCUCGAGGAAAACGGUGAUGCAGGUGCGCGUCGCAUCUCUGUGCAGCCUGAGGACACGGCAUUGGAGGAGGCUGAUCUCAACGAGCUGAGAUCACAUCGUUCGGACGACCCGCGAGCCCUGCGCCGCCACAAGAUCCAUCACUCAUCCAUCAAGUUGCGCGAGCUGCCGCAGAUUACAAUCUCUCCCUUCACCAACAAGAAGCCCGAGGUGGACCACAGUCCUCAUGAGAUCUUUGUGCAAUUGGACGAGCUCACGGGAGUGGGCGAAGACCGCGAAUGGAAGGAAACGGCCCGCUGGAUCAAGUAUGAGGAGGAUGUGGAGGAGGGCUCCGAUCGCUGGGGCAAGCCCCAUGUUGCCUCCCUCUCCUUCCACUCGCUGCUCAAUUUGCGUCGCUGCCUGGAAACGGGCGUUGUCCUGCUCGAUCUGAAUGAGAAGGACCUGCCCGCCGUGGCCUACCGCGUGGUAGAGCAGAUGGUGAUCGAGGACCUGAUCGACAUCAAUGACAAACCCUCGGUGAUGCGCUCGCUGCUCCUGCGCCAUCGCCAUGUCAACGAGCACCAAGGUGUGCUGCCCUUCACCAAGCGGAAGUACAACAGCUACACCAGCCUGCAGUUUCUUUGGAUGGGUGCGGAUUCAUCCCACCAGCAGUUCCAGCAGCAGCAGGCGCAGCAGCCACCUCGCAACCUGGCCAAGGCCAGGAGGAGCAUCUGCGUCACCUCCAGUGCCCCGCCCACGGCGGCGAUGCUCAAUGUGGCCACUGCCAGCGCAGCGGCGGCGGCGAUAGAUCACCGGCGCCACUCCACGAUGUCCUACCUGGGUAACUUGUCUGGCGGCACGGAUGACAAGAAGAUCAAGAUCAUGCCGGCCAACGAGAUUGGAGGCAGCAAGCGCAGCAACGAGCUGAAGAUAGACAUGAAGGACGACAUGUACUCCUCGUCGCAGGAGGAUCUCAAGAAGCUGCAGAAUGACACGAUCCUCAAGAGGAUUCCGGCGGGCGCCGAGGCCACCACUGUGCUGGUUGGUGCCGUGGAGUUCCUGGAGCAGCCCACCAUUGCCUUUGUCCGUCUGUCGGAAGGUGUCCUGAUGCCCACCUUGACAGAGGUUCCUGUCCCCGUGAGAUUCAUGUUUGUGCUCCUGGGACCGCGUAACUUCGACUUGGACUACCAUGAAGUGGGUCGUUCCAUCUCCACGCUGAUGGCCAACGAGCACUUCCACUCCAUUGCCUACAAGGCUGACGAUCGCAAGGAUCUGCUGUCGGCCAUCAAUGAGUUCCUGGACGAUUCUAUUGUCCUGCCACCCGGUAACUGGGAUCGCCAUGACCUUUUGCCCUUCGAGGAGUUGAAGGCCAAAAAGGAUUGGAUCCGGACGCGGAAGAUCAAGGCGCUGCAGGUGAAGCGAGACAGUGAGAUGAUCAAGAUCGGCAAGGAUGAGGAGAAGGCUUUGCUGGAGAAGCAGACGCUGGGAGCUAUAGGAUUCACCAUUGGUGGAGGCGAUGGAGGAGGCGAUGGCGGUUCCGACGAUGAGGAUGGGCGGAAGAAGAAGAAGCCCAGUCCGCUGGAGAAGACCGGUCGCCUGUGGGGUGGCCUAAGGAACGAUCUAAAGCGCCGCAUGCCUAUGUACAAGAGCGAUAUCCUGGAUGGCCUGAACACGGAAACCCUGGCCGCCACCAUCUUUAUGUACUUCGCCUGCCUGUCGACGGCCAUCACCUUUGGAGGUCUCGUUUCCGCCAAGACAGACAGCUGGAUUGGCAUUUCGGAGACGCUGAUCUCGUGCUCCCUGGUGGGCAUUGUCUUCCACUGUCUGUCCUGCCAACCACUCGUGAUCAUCGGCACUACGGGACCACUCCUCCUCUUCGACGAAGCUCUCAUGGUGUUUUGUACACAGCAUGAAUUUGAUUUCCUGUCUUUGAGAGUUUACGUCGGUGUGUGGCUGAUCGUAAUAGCCCUGACGGUGUCCGCCUUCGAGGGCAGUGUGUAUGUGCGCCUGCUCACGAGAUUCACCCAGGAGAUCUUCUCAGCGCUGAUCACGCUCAUCUAUAUUGUGGAGACGUUUAUGAAACUCAUUUCGAUCUACAAGCAAAAUCCCCUGCUGCCCGACUACAAUCUCCCGCCACCGACGCUGGUGUCCCAUGAGCAUGCCACCAAUGGAAGUCUUUUGAAUGAGACCGCGACUGUAGCUGCGAAUAUCACCCAGGGGCUCCUGAACAUCUCGACAACGGCCAUGCCGACGGGUCUGCCACCAUUGCCCAAGAAUCAACCCAACACUGCUCUGUUCUGCACCAUCCUCACACUGGCCACCUUUGUGGUUGCCUACUACCUGAAGCUCUUCCGCAACUCUCACUUUUUGGGUCGCAAUGCUCGUCGUGCCCUAGGAGAUUUUGGUGUACCCAUCUCCAUUGCCAUCUUUGUGCUGGUCGACUACCUGGUGCCGGCUGUGUACACAGAGAAGCUUGUGGUUCCCGAGGGCCUGUCGCCCAGCGAUCCCUCCAAGCGCGGAUGGUACAUUGGCUUCGAUACCUCCUCCACCUGGAUUCCAUUCGCCUGUGUGGUGCCCGCCCUGCUCGUUUACAUCCUCAUCUUCAUGGAGUCGCAGAUCUCUGAGCUGAUUGUGGACAAGCCAGAUCGUGGUCUGAAGAAGGGUUCCGGCCUGCACUGGGACAUUGUGCUGCUGUGUCUGUUAAACUGCGCCUGUGGUCUGUUUGGCAUGCCCUGGCAUUGCGCCGCCACUGUGAGAUCGGUGACCCAUGUGUCCUCCGUCACCAUUAUGUCAAGAACCCAUGCCCCUGGCGAGUCGCCAAGGAUCGUGGAUGUGAAGGAGCAGCGCCUGUCCGGAUUUUUUGUGUGCCUGAUGAUUGGUCUUUCGGUGCUGAUGGCUCCGCUCCUGCGACUGAUCCCUAUGGCCGUGCUCUUCGGAGUCUUUUUGUACAUGGGAGUAGCCUCCAUGAGUGGAGUGCAGUUGUUCGAGCGAAUAAGACUGUAUUUCAUGCCUGUGAAGCACUAUCCUCCCACGCCCUAUGUGAAGCGUGUGCGACCCUGGAAGCUGCAUCUGUUCACCACCAUCCAGGUGCUGUGCCUCGUCCUCCUGUGGACCGUGAAGUCGUCGCAGUUCUCGCUGGCCUUCCCCUUCUUCCUGAUCAUGAUGGUGCCCAUACGACAGAACUUGACGGCGCUCUAUAAGCCCGAGGAAAUGGAAGCGCUGGAUGGCAGCGAGAUCAAGAAGAACGACGACGACGAGCCCGAUUUCUAUGAACAAACGAACUUACCAGCCUAGGAUUGGUCUGUUUGGUACUUAAUUAGUGUUAGAUUGAAAGUAUUAAAGCCAAGCCACGUUUUACGCUGGCCCCAAAACAAUAUCACAAUAGCGAAAAGCAAAAAGGCAAAGAAAAACAAAACUAAAACAAUACAAAUACAAAUACUUUAUAUUUGUUGCGAAAUUCUGGUGUGAAAGCGUUAACGAACUACCUGCAAUUAGUAUUUAGAGACUAGCCACACAAGAACACACACCUGAACCCCCCGAUAGGCAUAUUUGUAUAGUAUAUACACAUAAUAUGCGGGGUCUGCACUUUGUGAUUGAAAGCGGUUGAAGCUGCAGAAGAAGGCGGAAUCGUGUACCUAAAUUGCAACUGAAAUCAAGAGACAAAUUAGAUUAUUAGCCAGGAUUAUGGGGUGGCAGAGCGGAGAGAACAAAAGCAUAUUUUUGAGGCCAACAGAAAGAGUUGAUGGUUUAUCAAAUUUGAUAUCGUCGUUACCUCUGACUUGUCAGGACAAAUAUCCUUCCAACGGAAAGGACAGUCACAAAUUUGCAUCACACACACACUAAGCACACAAGGAAAACCAACGAGAGGAACAAUUUAUUUAUUCAGUUGGAAAUUCGCAUGUAUUACUAGCAAUAAUUGCAUUUGCAUAUACACAAAAACUAUUAUAAACUUGGCUUAGACCUAUCAAAUCGAAGCAAUCCCCGCGUGGAAAAUUAAGAGAAGCCCAUAACUAACUAUUUACCUUCAACUGGCGUAGUGAUAAUUAGUGUCAAACACACACAAAAAACUAAAACAAAACAACAAAAAACCCCACAUUCUUAGAUCGAACGAACGAAAAAUUGUUUAUAACAAAUUCGUUGUAAGCACUUCGGGCGGAGGUGCCUUUUAAAGGGAAUUCUCCGUGCCUGAAGUGGCCGCUGUAAGUUUGCCUUCUUUGUACUUUGUAGUCAGAUUAUUGAAACACACAAAUAAGUCCACACAAAAACACACAUUGUACUUAUACAUGACUAUGUUAUAUAUACACCCGCAUACACUAUUUAGUGCGUUUCAAGGAUUAUUCGUUCGGAGCUGAGAGCCUAACCCAAACUAUUUUUAUGUAACUUGUAUGUAUGAACUUGUACUUACUUCUAAGUAGUUGUUGUCUAGUAUUGUUUAUUCCAAUUCAAAUAAAACUUAAAAAUCGAAA